AUCUACGACUAUGAAAAUAUGUGCUGUCUGGAGACCGUUUCAGUGGGCUGGAAGGUUGGUGGUGGACUUACUGAUAUGGCAGUUGCUGCCAGUUUUAAUCAACUCGUUGGUGCCUCUAUUUGUCAGUCUGUGGUCACCACGUACGUCGUAGACGUUAAGUCCUGUUUGCCUUUCACCAGCUCUUCUCCCGUACAUCCGUCCUCUCCAGCUAAGACUAAUGUUUCAUUUCCUUCGACCGACAAUUUUGUUGCUGCAACAAAUGCUUCCAUACCAUUAGUUUCUACUUGUACUCCAUCAGUAACCACCAGUGCAGCUUCAUCAAUAGCACAGACCGAUCAGCCCUCUCAGACGGAGAUGCAGAUGAUGCGACGCGAGUCUUUUUAUGCUGCCAAACAAGAAGCAAUGGUUUCCCCUGCCAUUCAGGUAUUUGAUAUUCGACUUAUACAUUCAUUUUCCUGA